AUGCCUCGAUCCUUCCUCGUUAAGAAGGUGAAAUUGGAUGAUUUCCACUCUUCUUCUGCAGUCUCAGCUACAGAGCAUCACCUUGAUAACGCGUAUGCAAUAACCAAGUCUAUUACAGACUCUGUAGGGAGCUUAGGGCUCCGGGUCACGGAGAACGGGUACAUCCACAGUUACAUCAGCCCAUCUGUGUACGAGAACGGAGCAGAGAGGCAGAGUGGUCUCGGGACCCCCGACCCUGUCUAUACCAAAGUCAACGAGGUGUAUGGAGACCCCGAGGGGCUGGAGCCCGACAGCCCGCAGUCGGGGCUCACCACCGGCUACUUCAGCGGGGAGGCGGCGGCGGUCAGCGAGGGCUACAGCAUGGACGCCUUCUUCAUCACGGACGGGCGGUCGAGGAAGCGCCCCGAGAGCGCGCCGCGGGAGCGCGCCCAGCGCCACACCUGCAGCGAGUGCGGCAAGACGUACGCCACCUCGUCCAACCUGAGCCGCCACAAGCAGACCCACCGCAGCCUGGACAGCAAGCUGGCCCGCAAGUGCCCCACCUGCUCCAAGGUCUACGUCUCCAUGCCCGCCCUGGCCAUGCACGUCCUCACCCACGACCUCAAGCACAAGUGCGAGACGUGCGGCAAGGCCUUCAGCCGCCCCUGGCUGCUGCAGGGGCACGUCCGCUCCCACACGGGCGAGAAGCCCUUCGGCUGCGCCCACUGCGGCAAGGCGUUCGCCGACCGCUCCAACCUGCGGGCGCACAUGCAGACCCACUCCGCCUUCAAGCAUUUCCGCUGCAAGCGCUGCAACAAGACAUUCGCCCUCAAGUCCUACCUGAACAAGCACUACGAGUCUGCCUGCUUCAAGGGGUCGCAGGAGGGAGAUUCCUGAGCCCGUGACAGAAGGCGGGGUGGGCGGGCGGGUCAAAAUGCAAAAAAAACCCACAGAGUAACGAAAGAAAACAAAUUUAAAACACCUUUCUCCACCUCAAAGCAAUACUUCUUGAGAUUACUAUAGGGACAAAUUUAAAAAAAAACACGAUGCUGGAUCUUUGAUUAUGAUUAACAAAAACCUCGGACAGUUCAGCUUGCAAAGCUGAGGCAUGAAGCGAAUGCAAGCCAGUCUUCCGCCUUUCGGUUGAACAAGGACGGGAAGCGAUUAGAAAGCACUAGAACAGUUGUGACUGUGAAGCACAUACAUGUGCAUAAAGACGCAGACACGUGCACAUGUACAAACUGACAUGUGCGCGCACAUACACACACGAACACACAUACACACACAUCUGCACUCAGUUGCACGCACCUGUGAACUUGCCCUCCCAGUACAUGCCAACUACACGUGUCACCUGCAUGCACGCACACAUACACACACACGCAAAGAUGACCUCUUGUAUUUUCGAUGCUGCUUUUUGCUAAUGAAGGGGGAAAAUAUUUAUUGCAUCUUCCAAGCUGAAUGAAUUGUACUCUACUUUUUAGGGGGAAAAAUGUUGACUUUACGGGGUGCUUAUAUUUUCUGUUGACCUGAAGACAACACGGCGUUUCCGAGAGUGUUGCCUGGAGCGCGAGUGGAGGCAGAUCUCUCUUUCCCACAGCAGUAGAACUGUACUGUCCUGCCCCGUUAAUCUACAGUAGAUUCCAGGAGGCUGGCUGCUGACUGAAGCCUUCUGAGGAGAUGUGACGCUGGGACGCUGUUGGAAUUCUUGUGCUAACUGACAACUGAGGUAGCUGAUUAGUCAGCAACUUGGUACAAAGGAUCUGCGUGGGGCUGCUGCUUGCUCUUUCCUUUGGGUGCUUGAAGGUCAGCAGGGUCUC